GCUGGACUAUCCCAGCCUGCAUUCCGCCAUGAAACACGCAAUCGUCACCGCAGUAAUUGGCCUCGCCUCUCUUGCGCUAUGUGCUCCAACAGCUCUUGUCGACCGCCAGAGCUCGCUCGAGAAAAUCACAGACGAAUAUCUCUACAACAUACCCCUCGAGCAGUUCAUCAAAUACCGCAACGCGCGUACGGGCCCUGCCGAGUUAGUCUGGGAGAGCGAUCAGUGCACCCUUAGCCUCGAUAAGCCAUUGGGCUUUGACUUCACGGAGAGCUGCCAGCGCCACGACUUCGGCUACUGGAACUACAUAAAGCAAAAUCGCAUCACGGACGCCAACAGAGCGAGGGUCGAUAGCAAUUUCAAACAAGACAUGUACAACGUGUGCGCUAAGAAAAGCUGGUUCAAGAGGAAGGCGUGUAAACUCACGGCAAAGCUCUACUAUAAGGCUACUAGCAGGUUUGGGGGAGUGUGGGAUGAGGGCCCGGGAGGAGAUUGAAGCCAAGUGUGAGCGGUAGCGGUAGUCGUCCAGCAAAGUACAUGGCAGGACAAGAGAUAAUAGCAGUGUGACUCCCGCAUAGAUGACACUAAUACGAAA